AUGAACGUGACAGAGGACAGGGAAGCCUUGGCUGCGCCGGGCCUUGCACUUGGCGACUUCAAGUCAGACGCAGACGUUCCAACGGAGCUGACACUGUCAGUGGAGGCUUCUGCUCCAGGGCCUGAGUGCCGGUGCUUGGGGAAGCACAGCGUGUUCUUCCACCCGAUCGACAGGUUGCCCAAGAAGGUCAUGAGCAGGAAGGUUGCUGGCCAAUAUGGCUUGGUUUUCGCAGCUUCCGCACAGACUGCCGACGUGGUUUUUGCUUCAUCUCGUGACAAGAAGGUGAAGAAGGACCUGGCAAAGGGAAGAGCUGCCAUUCUUCUCAUGCGGACAGACUCCACUACCAUGGGCAGUGACCACGAUUUACUGGAUCAUCCUCGUGUGAUUGGCAUGUUUAGGGAAUUCGCGCCGCGCAGAAGGGAACAGUAUUUCUGGCCGUGGUUCAAAAGCAGAAUCCAUUACUUCAAGAUCUGCAAUUCCACGCGCUUUCGGACAAACCCGAUCUGUGAUCGUCCGAAGCAAUUCAGGCCUAAGCACAUGGUUCGGGCCGGGGUCGACAAAAUUCGCGUGGUGAACCUGAUCUGGUGGCAGUACUUUCCGAUCUUGGAGAAGCCCAUCCAGGACUUCGAUGCUGCGCCCGAAACGAUCUUGGACAAGCCGCGGCCCAUCGAUGUGUUCGUGGCCGUGCACUUGCGAAAUGACGACCCCUACUCCUUGCAAAGAUCUGCUCUCCGAGAGACCUUGGCCGAUCCGUCGCUGUCUGGGCUGAAGCAGGUGCAAUACUUUUGUUACGAAGGGGAGUCGGAACUCUGGAAAGCGACAUGGAACAGGGUGGUCCAUGGGCUCAACUGCCUGAAAGGCGACCAGUACAUGAGCUAUUUGCGACAAAGCAAGAUUGUCGUCUGCGCCUGGGGAUUCGGAGAGCGAACUGGCUGCGAGCAUGGCGGCUGGGUUCAUGGAGCUUUGGUGGUGAAGCCUCAGUCGGACUGGGUACUCUCACUGCCGGAUAUGUACAGAUCGAAUGCGACCUACAUAGCUGUGAAAGCCGACUGGAGCGAUCUGCCUACCACUUUGCGGCAUGUGCUGGCUCACUACGACGGAUACAGAGGCAUGCGCGCCUAUGCGCGCAAGACGUUCCUUCGAAACGCCACGCAUAAGAAGUUCCUUGACCAUUUCUGGCGAAGUACCUGCGCUGCUAUCGAACAGACAGACUGGGGAGGAUGCAAUAAGACGCGCAGCAAAAAGCCGCUUUAG